AUGGCGAAGUCAAAGAACAGCUCCCAGCACAACCAGUCGCGCAAGGCGCACAGGAACGGUAUCAAGAAGCCCAAGACUUCUCGCUACCCCUCUCUCAAGGGUACCGAUCCCAAGUUCCGACGAAACCAUCGACAUGCUCUUCACGGCAACAUGAAGGCCUUGAAGGAGGCUAAGGAGGGCAAGCGCGAGACUGUCUAA